UUUAACUAUAUCGUUAAACUACCAGUAUUAAAAGAACCUAUAAUAAAAGUUAAAUUUAAUAGUAUCUUUAUAAUAGUUAACCGACUAAUAAAAAUAACGCUUUUCAUCCCCUAUAUUAAAGGAAACACUGCUGAAAAACUAGUGUAUAUACUACAGAAGUAUAUUACAGUAAAUCACAGACUACUAAAAGAAAUUAUUUUUAACAGAGGAUCUACGUUUAUAUCCAAAUAUUAG